UGCCCCUCCGAGCGCUUAACUGAGGCCGGGCUCUUCCAACCAACCAUCAUUCUGACAUUUAACUCCGGAAACACAAAUGUAAGCAGCGCUGCGUUACAUCCUAAAGUGAGACUAAACGGCGAGGCGUUUAAUCAGCUGUCGGACAGCGGUUGGAUCUGGCCACAAUGUCACGGGUGUUGAAGAAGAGGCAAGCGGACCCCAAAGUGGUUCAGUAUGUCUGGUCAGCCAUCGAAGUCAUUCGCAAUCAGAAACAGAUCGCAAAUAUGGACAGAAUCUCUAAAUAUUUAAGUCGUGUGUAUGGAAUGCACCCUAAAGACACAGCCAGGCAGUUGGUCUUAGCAGUGAAAGACGGGCUGGUGGUUGAGACGCUCACAGUGGGCUGCAAGGGCUCUAAGGCCGGGAUCGAGCAGGAGGGAUACUGGCUACCAGGAGACGAGAUGGACCAGAUGUCAGAGGGAAGCAAGGUAUGUUCACAUCCAGAUGCUGACUGGGAGGCAGAAAGUCAUGACUGGUACUGCUUUGAGUGCCAUCUGCCCGGAGACGUGAUGGAGUGUGACGGCUGUUUCCGUGUCUACCACCUUCGGUGCGUGUCUGAAGACCACCGGCCACGGGACACCACCUCCCACUGGCAGUGCGGUAUCUGCAGGGGCAGUAAAAGGAAGAAUUUGAACAAACAGGAAAUGACAACAUGCCUGAAGUUCAUUCUUGGCCGCAUGAAGGAAAGGGCUGUUGACCUGCAGAAGAGAGGCAAAGAGUCUAAGCAACCCGUGUACAAAAGACUCAUCCACACACCUCUGGAUGUGGAUAACAUACAGGAGAACAUCUCAGAGGGGAAAUAUAAGAGUUUUGAGGAGUUCAGGGCUGAUGCUCAGCUUAUAGUUCACAACACGGCCAUUCUGCAUGGAGUGAACAGCGAUCAGACCGAAAUUGCCAGACUUCUCUAUAACGACACAUGCCAUGAGCUGAAUGAGUUACUGUUGUGCAGAAACUGCUUCUAUCUUUCAAACGCACGACCCGACAACUGGUUCUGUUAUCCAUGUAGUCCGAAUCAUGAGCUGGUGUGGGCCAGGAUGAAGGGGUUUGGUUACUGGCCUGCCAAGGUGAUGCAGAGGGAGGGAAACCAGGUGGAUGUUCGGUUUUUUGGUCACCAGCACCAAAGGGCAUGGAUUCCCUCUGACAACAUCCAGGAGAUCUCUGUGAGUGUGCAGCAGCUGCAGGUGAAGCGGAGCGCCGGGUGGAAGAAGGCAUGUGAUGAGCUGGAGCUCCACCAGCGAUACCUGAGAGAAGGACGCACCUGGAAGGGCAAGCUGGAAGAGAAGCAUGACCGGUCGGAGAAGCAUGAUAGACAGGAAGACAGACAGGAGGAGGCGGAGUCUAGCAUCUCCUCUACAUCCAAUGAGCAGUCUAAAGUCAACCAAGAGCCUAAAGCAAAAAAGAGCCGCCGUUCUCAAGUCGCUGAGCCCAAAGAAGAGGAACCUGAGCCUGAGAUGGAGGCUGUCAGCUCCAGUCAAGAGAUCCCGACAGCUUUACCCCAUCAGCCAGAACGUAUGUCCGUCUCCACCCAGACCAAGAAAUCUGCCUCAUCUUCCUCCUCUUCUUCGCCAACCCCCCGCAUGGUACACAGAGGCACGCAGACAGUCAAUGAGGGCAGCUGUCAAAACAUGUGCCAAGACAAAUACACCAAGAUCUUCAGUGACGUUAAAGAAAUGAUGAAGGCUGAGAAUAAACGGGAGACCGAACGUGUUCUCAAAGAGGCUCUGGACAAGUUACGAGGGGAGAUGGAUGAAGAGAAGAGGCAGGCGAUGAGCAAAGCGGUGUCCAGCACACAGGCUGAGAUGGAGAGAAAGUGUAAACAGGUGAAGGAGAAGUGCAAAGAGGAGAUCAUGGAGGAGAUGAAGAAGAUGGUGGCUCAGCAUAAACAACUGAUUUCCCAGACCAAGAAGAAGCAGUGGUGUUAUAACUGCGAAGAAGAGGCGAUGUACCACUGCUGCUGGAACACGUCAUACUGCUCCAUCAAAUGCCAGCAGGAGCAUUGGCACGCCGACCACAAACGCACCUGUCGCCGGAAGAGAUGAGAUGCACCAUCUACGCCAACCCUCUGGAGCCACGUUAUUGGAUAGAUCUAUCUUAAAAUCUCACCACCUUGCCCCUGCCUGAGGAUUCUUUGUUUUACGCCAGCAUUUUAAACCCCAGCUCUCUAGAACACUUUUACUGGGACAUUUUACUGAAUUGCUGUGAAUGCUAACAGGGCAGUGAGUGUUGGGAUGUCAUGGUCCUCCUGGAAAUGGUUUUAUGUUUUGGAAUUUAAGGCAUCACUUUGCAUAUCCUUUUGUUUUUAAAUCUUUUAUUUGCUGUACGUUGGACAACAACUUUGCUUGCAUACAGACUAGCUGAAUGUGAAGUACUAGUACUUUUUUUUUUUUAACCUGUCUUAAUCACGAGCUAUGUAGAUAUUUGACUUUUUAUAAUGCGAGAAUCGUGUCCGCCGCAUACAUUAAGUGAUGUUGGUGUUUUUGAAGUCGACGGUUGGUUUUUAUCAGUGGUUGUGAUGUCAAUAUUUUGGGAACAGGGUUUAAAGAUGGCAGGUCACAUCUGUCUGAAUGAUACAAUCUUCCAUUAAUGAAUAUGCAUAUUUUGUGGUUACACUUUUAAAUAGACCUUUAAAUUUGUAACAAGAAAUCUUAACUUAAUUAUGUGUGAAUUUCGGGUCCAUUUAUGUAGAUUAAGCGUACUAAAUCUUUGCCAACUGGGAUCCUUAGUGAGGUUUAUACAUGUCUAAAUCCAGUUUUAGUAUGGGCAUAUUUGCUUGUACGAACCGUUACCAUGUCCUCCCAGACAAAAAGAACAUUAUCUGUUGAUUCCAGAUCAAUAAGAUCCCAUUCAAUUGCAAGUUUUAAGCAAGAACAAAGACUGUAGAGAGAUCAGAGUAAAUGAAACAAUCAGAAAUUGCUAAGGGGUUACCCAGGGUUUUAUAAUUGAGAAUUGCCAUUCUCCUGCACUUUGUGACCUGAGGGAGAUGUUGAAGUGAUCGUUCACCCUUAAAGGAACAUUCUGUCAUUAUUUACUAACCCUUGUGUUGUUCUGACUUUUUCUUCCGUGGAACACUAACUACUAUUAGUACUGUGUUACCAAAAUCAUAUUGGUUUGGAAUUAUAUGAUGUUGAAUAAAUGAUGCCAGAAUAUUCUUUAUGGGUAAACUAUCCCUUUAAAUUGUUAAAAUACUUACUGCAAUAACCAAGUUUUGGUACAAAUGACAUAAGAUCUAUCUAUAGAGAGUUUUUGAGGAGGUUAUUUGUCUAUUUAGAACAGGAGAAACAAUCAGCUGAAGGAUAUAGGUGACAUGCAAACAUGUGUUUUAUUCAGACCCCUGGAUGUACACCGAUCAGCCACAACAUUAAAGCCACCUGCCUAAUAUUGUGUAGGUCCCCCUUGUGCCGCCAAAACAGUGCCAAUCCGCAUCUCAGAAUAGUAUUCCGAGAUGAUAUUCUUCUCACAGACUUUAUCUGUUCAAACCAGUCUGGUCAUUCUCUGCUGACCUCUCAAGGCAUUUCUGUACACAGAACUGCCACUCACUGGAUGUUUUUGGCACCAUUCUGAGUAAAUACUAGAGACUGUUGUGUGUGAAAAUCCCAGGAGAUCAACAGUUACAGAAAUACUCAAACCAGCCCAUCUGUCACCAACAAUCAUGUCAUGGUCCAAAUCACUGAGACCACAUUUAUUUUCCCCAUUCUGAUGGCUGAUGUGAACUUUAACUGAAGCUCCUUACCUGUAUCUGCAUGAUUUUAUACACUGCACUUCUGCCACACGAUUGAAUGAUUAGAUAAUCACAUGGAUGGAUUUGUUGGUGCCAGACGGGCUGGUUUGAGUAUUUCUGUAACUGGUGAUCUUCUGAGAUUUACUCAAUGGUGCCAAAAACAUCCAGUGAGCGGCAGUUCUGUGGACCGAAACACCUUGAUGAGAGCGGUCAACAGAGAAUGGCCAGACUUCUUCAAACUACAUGUCUAUGGUAACUCAGAUAACAACUCAAUUGUGGUGAGAAGGAUAUCAACCUGCGGGUUGGUGCUGUUUUGGUGGCGCGAGGGGGACUUUCACAAUAUUAGGCAGGUGGUUUUAAUGUUGUGGUUGAUCGGUGAAUGUGUACCUAUAUUCUAUUUCUAAAGUUCUAGAUGUGUUUUAAAUUAUGGUUUUUGUUUUGCCCCCUCUCUAUCUCUUCCCCUUCCCAACCAACUGUUGCACUACAUGUAAAUAACGGUUUGCCGCUAACCAUGACUGAUGAUGUUUGCACGUUGGCAUAUGUACAUUUCAUGAAUGCAUUAACUAUGUAUUUGAUAGUUAAUGCAUGCAUUUGAUAGUUAAAAAAUAUUUGUGAUAUAACUGUAAUAUGUUCCAUUCCAGUAUGCAUGAAACCAGGUUGUGUGUUCCUUAUUUUCGGCUCUCGUUAAUCUCCAUUCUUGCGUGUCAUCGGUGAUGCAGUACGUCUACUUUUGAUUUUCUUGGGUAAUUCGACACCACUUUGUAAGUUAACCCUUUUUUAAAAUGUAUUUUUUAACUUCUAUUUAUGCAGACACAGUAAUGACUACUGAGAAUUUCCGGCACCCGGCGAGAAGCCUGCUAUACGAACACCUGUCUUUCAUGUGCAUACAAAUUAAUGUGGUGUAAACGUUUCCUCUCUCUGACAUCACUGAUGUCCCUCUUGCAUUACAUUAUGUAACAGUACUAUGUAUAAAUAAACAUAUCCACCGGUGG